AUGGCCGGGUUGAGACACACCAUGGCUAUAGCUAUGAUGUAUAGCUUGAAGCAUGAGUCAUGGAAGGAAGUGAAGGGUUGGGAUUCAUGGAAGAAGACGAAUGGUAUUGGUAUAGUUAGGGAUACAAUGAGGAUGGGGAUGUUAGCAAGUGGGAGUCUUCACUGGGAGAGGUGUGAUAGACGAGGCGUGGUUGCUUUCGACUUGAAGAGGGAGGUGAUCGGGGCGGUGGAGCUGCCGGAGUGCUCGGAAGGCUGCCGGUGGCUGGGAAUUGGGGUGAUCGGAGAAUGCCUUUCGGCAUACUACAGGCGCGAGUAUUCGAGUUGCGUGGGGAUUUGGAUGAAGAAGAAGGAGUCUUGGGAGAAAGUGGUGGUUCUUGAUCAGCUGUGUAAUCCUCUCCAUAUUUCUCCGGCCUUGGCUCCUUUUUGGGGUGGUGGGUUUUUGUUGAUCAAGAUUGGGAAUUUGAUGGUUUUUGAUAGGAAAAGGAUUAGGGUUAUGGUUUCUGAUGUUUACAUUGAAAGUUUAGUCUCACCGUUAGAGGCCUAG